CUGUUUAUUCAUAAAUAAAUUUUAAUUAUGUCCUUGUCCAGUGAAGAGCUGACUUAUGUCAGCAAGCAGUCUUCCUCAUGCACCCCACCUGUUUUUGAAAUUUAUCAUUCUGCUGCAGACAUGACUGUGAGUCAAAGUGUCUGUUCUUCAAAGCCAGGACAAACAGGAUUCAGAAAAGUGACUUCAAUUGGAGAAUCAAGCCCAUGUCCAAUUCCAGGAUUAGGAUCUGGGGUGCUGGAGAUGCGCGUCAAGGAGGGGACUAAAAUUCGAAACCUUUUGCAUUUUGCUAUUUCCCGCUUGCAGGGGGAAGGACACGUGGCUCCCAUAUCUCAGGUUAUGUUCACUGGCCUGGGUCGAGCCAUCACUAAGACCAUUACCUGUGCUGAGAUUGUGAAACGUAAAGUCCAAGGGUUGCAUCAAGUGUCAAAGCUUCAGUACAGGAACAUUCAAGAGGUGUGGGAGAAUCAGGAGGGUGAAAGAGUGAAUGUACGUAAAACUGUUCCUUCAAUUUGCAUUCUACUUUCCAAAGAGCCACUGGACCCACAGGAGUUAGGAUACCAGUCCCCUACUGAGACAAGCUCCAGAUCAGAGGAGGAGGAACAGGCAGGUGCUACAGCAAGUACUGGGAAAAGAUCUUUCAGGCACUCCUCUCAUGGGAUUUUGCCUAAUGCAAAAAGGACUGCCAUGGGACAUAGUAGACAAGCAGCUCCCUCAUAUCAAUAGUCUGUAAUACAACAUUUAUAAAUGAGAUUAAAAAAAAAAAACAUAUAAUAUAUCCAAACAUAGAUUCUACUGUUUAAAAGAAUGUAAAAUGUGUGAAUUGCUGUAAAGUAAAAAAAA